AUGCAAAUUUUCGUUAAAACUUUAACAGGUAAGACUAUUACCUUGGAAGUCGAAUCUUCUGACACUAUUGACAAUGUUAAGGCUAAGAUCCAAGACAAGGAAGGUAUUCCACCAGAUCAACAAAGAUUGAUUUUUGCUGGUAAACAAUUGGAAGAUGGUAGAACUUUAAGUGACUACAACAUCCAAAAAGAAUCUACUUUGCAUUUAGUUUUGAGAUUAAGAGGUGGUGGUAAAAAGAGAAAGAAGAAGGUUUACACCACUCCAAAGAAGAUCAGACACAAGCACAAGAAGGUUAAGUUGGCUAUUUUGAAAUACUUCAAGGUCGAUGAUGACGGAAAGGUUACCAAAUUGAGAAGAGAGUGUCCAAUCUGUGGUGCUGGUAUUUUCUUGGCCAACCAUAAGGACAGACAAUAUUGUGGUAAGUGUCACGCUACUUUUACUGCUUCUAACUAG